AGUAAAUCAAUUGCACUUCAUUACCAGAAGUAAGAUCGAAAUUAAAUUAUAUUGAAUAAUUUACCAUAAUACAGGUAACAUGGACCAAAAUAAUGGCAAAUGCUUUUACCAAAAUCUCCCGUGUAUCACAAUUUUGCUGCCAGUGGGAACGAGGCGGUAUACUACCUCGAAACAAGUUUUGUGUAUAAUGCUUUCCAUUUAAACUUCAGUCUGCAUUCAAUUCUAAUAAAGCUUUACAAACCAGGAACAACAAACGUCGAUGUUUCAAGACACAGGCAAGAUUUAAAAUCUAUUUCAAGGUUAUAAUUUUCACAGAAAAAAAAACAAGCGAAAGACUCAUCUACUAUGGCAGGCGUGGCUCAGACUCAGCAUGAAAAGUCAGCACAGCCUCCUACCUACCAACAAGCUCCUCCCCUAGCCACGCCUACUAACCCACCACAGUACCAGCCUCCAACCGAGCAGCCAAGCACCGCCCACUAUGCAGCACAGCCAUCGAAUCAGGCGUGGCAAGCACCGAGUAGCUCCGCCCCUCCACCCACCUAUAACGCUCAGUUUAUCGUCCAACAGCCUGGAACAUACGUCUACCAGACUCACCCACAAGCAUUUCAGGCUUCUAAUCAGCAGAGCGUGACCGUCAUUCAGGCCACCACCGCCCCGCAGGACUAUUUCAGCUUCAGUCUCUUUGUAAUGCUAUGCUGUUGCCUACCACUUGGAAUUGUCGCUAUUGUGAAAUCCGGGGAGGUCAAGACGAAGGCUUCAGUCGGCGACAUGGCUGGUGCCCGGAUGGCGUCCCAGGAUGCCAAACGAUAUGCCUGGAUCGGUUGUUCUAUCGGUCUCAUUAUGUGGAUCGUUGGAAUAAUAUGCCUGUCAAUAUGGAUUGCAUUUAUCGUGGAGGAUUGUAAUGAUGGUUAUUGUUAAGGAUGAUUGUGGAAGGAGUGGAUCAUGGGUGGGGAGAGGGGGCGGGCAUUGCACACAUGGGCGUGUCUGUUAUAGACACGUGCGCGAAUGCACCCCCCCCCCUGAACGGGGGGAGGGGGAGGGAGCGCAUGACGUCACUCUAAUCAAUGGGGGUUGACACAAUCAAAUCUCCGUCAACUCUUGUUUGAAGGGGAGGCUACUCCUUGGGAAAGUACAGCAGUGAAGAAACUCUAUCACCCCCC